CUCACCGCUUCAAAAUUGAACUACUAUCCAGAGAAGAAAGUUAAGUUUUAUAUUCAAGUGACAAAGUGACAGAAAACUAAGUGUAUUCAAUAGUUGUUUUAAAUAAGUGUGUUAAUAAGUGUCCAAAAUCAAAAUGCCUGCCAUCACGAACCAGAUGACUCCAAUUCGUCACGUUCUGGAUUUGUCCAAGGAGGAGAAACGACAGUUUUUAGAUUCGUUCGACACCAUCAUGUCGGACUGUGAUGGUGUUGUGUGGGACUUUAUCGGCCCCAUUCCCGGCGUUGACAAAGCCCUACCGCUGCUUAAGAAGAAGGGCAAGAAGCUCGCCUUCAUCUCCAACAAUGGAAUGCGCACCAUGGAGGAGUACAAGCAGAAAUUCCUCAAGUUGGGGAUUCCAUCACAUGAGCUGGACAUUGUCCAUCCGGCUCUGACCACAGUACGUUAUCUGAAAGCGAUCAACAUGACGGAUGCGGUCUAUUGCGUUGCUACCGAGGUGUUCAAAGACUAUCUCCGAAACGAGCAGUACACGGUCCUAGAUGGGCCUGACGAUCGUUUCGCUGACGAAAGAGCGGCCGAUUCGGUUCGCGUGUUCACGGAUUUCUUCACGGAAUCGGACAGCCCCCGGGUUGGUGCGGUCGUUUUGGAUAUUGACGUGAACAUCUCGCUGGCGCAUUUGAUGAAAGUCAAGUGCUAUCUGGAACGGAAUCCGGACUGCAUCCUGAUUGCGGGUGCCACCGACUAUAUCGUUCCCCUGGGCGAUCGAAUGGACGUGAUCGGACCGGGCUACUUCAUCGACAUCCUGGAACGGGCCACUGGCCGUGAAGCGUUGAUUCUCGGCAAACCGGGUCAAGCUUUGGCCGACUUUGUUCUGGAACAGUUCAACGUAAAGCGACCCAAGCGAGUGCUGUUCAUCGGUGACAUGCUGCCGCAGGACAUGGGCUUCGCAUCGUUAUGCGGGUUCCAGAAGCUCCUGAUGCUCAGCGGAGGCACCACCCUGGACAUGGUCCGGGCGCAAAAGGUGCCUGCACAGCUGCCCGACUUUUACAUGAACAGCUUCGCCGAUUUUAUCCAGCUGUACAAGGAUGUACAAUAAUGGUUAAACGAUUUCUAUUAGUUUUGAAUGAAUCUAUUCCACGUUGCAGCUGGAUUGCAACUUCACUUCUUCGGGAGUGUUAGUGCGCACCGCCUAGUAAGUGUUACUGUGUAACCACUGGCCUAUGACUUUGCAUAUUUUGUAAGGGUGUACACAUCGAUGUGAUAUUUUUACAAUAAAAUGUGAUAUGAUUGUAAGUGUAA